ACUCCUUCCUCUUCCUGGGGCGAUAUUCUUCUGCUCCCUAGUUCCCUAGUAGAUAGUCAGGAAUCCUGUGUGGUUAUCCAGAUUGUAGUUCUCAUAUCAGAUACUUAAAACCUAACAUCCUUAACAGCAGACACAUGAAAUGUUUGUUGUUUUGGGUCUGGGUUUGCCAAAUCAGGAUGAUUUUUUUAGGUCCAUCAGGCCAGUCUUAGGGUUACAGAUUGCAAUGGCUGCCCUAACUGCCCUCAGUACUCCCUUUGAAGGCCAUGCAAAUAGAUCUACUUCAGCGUCAACAUUGACAGAGCUUUGAACAAGCACUGAGGGGGCUGGGCUCCUAACAGUGGAGUCUGAGGGGGGCACACAUGGAGCAUAAGCAUAGGGUACAGUCCGUAAGCCAGCUCCAUUGUGAGCUCAGAGCAUGUCACUAUGGUGGUGCCAGUGCAGCUGUGUUACUAGGUGAUGAAGUAUAGUUCAGUUAACCCUGAACGAGCAGGUCUUGCCUACACUUCUUUGGCAAGAAUUGGUGAUUUUAGCAAACUCUUAUCGUAUAAUUUGGGAGGUGGAGAUUAGCUAAAUGGGAGGGAAGAGAGAGUAAGAAGGUCCUGGGCGGCCCUAGCGCUCCAUAAUGGAGGAAGAUUUUGAAUAUGAUGCUCUGGCAUUGAAGUUCCCCAGAAGGGGACGCUGGUACACCCGUCUGUGGCGCUCCUGUCCUGGUUUUGGAUGCCUGCGUCAAAAGAAAACGACGAAAUUUCCCCUCUAUCUGAUUGGGUAUGAUCCCGUGGGUCGAUUACAAAGAGCGGCCUGUGUUGGGGACGUGGAGAAAAUUGAAAGUAUGAUCCAUGAGUGUCAUCAUCAUGUGGAUGAAUCUGAUUGGAGGGGCAGGACAUCGCUGCAUUAUGCGAGUGCCCACAACCAUCCAGAUGUAGUGACACUGUUAUUAGAAAAUAAGUCCAACAUUAACAUCCAGGAUGAUGAAGGCUGCACACCGUUGAUUAAGGCUGCGCAGCGGGACAACACACAUUGUGUUUGUGUAUUGCUCAGGCACAAUGCUAAUCCAAAUUUGAUGGAUUACAGUGGGAAUACAGCCUUUCACCAUGCCAUUUCCAGGGGCAGCAUAGCAAUUGUAAAGAUGCUCCUGGAGUACAACGUAGAUAUUGAAGCCAAAACAGAGUAUGGCUUGACACCACUGCAACUUGCAACAUAUGAAAAUCAGACUGAAAUGAUAAACUUCUUAGAAUCAAUGAGUGCAGAUGCAAAGGCCGUGCAAGUGUCAAACAGGUACAGUUUCUUCUCUUCUACAAUCUUAGUGUUGUUCUUGAUGGUGAGAAUUGCUUAAGUCAGGAAUAUUAAUAUGAUAUUAAAUGAUUUGAAAAACUCUGAGAGAAAUAUUUAGAAAGCUUAUUACACACGAAAUAUGAGCUAGAAAAGAGACUGUUCCAACACAACAAAAGAACAGCAGUACCAGGAGUACUACAUAGCUCAGUAGUUCAGUUCGUGAGUCAUGAACCAAGACAAAGAAUAAGCUAGAUCAGCUGUUGGUCCACUUCAGUAUUUUUUAUUCUGACACAGUUUGCCACUGAAUUAAAGGUCAUGUGUGUCAUUGGCAAAUGUUCUACCAUGAAUAAACACCCCCAGUCCCUGAGUCUGAAAUUUUAUAAUUUCUGACCUUAAAAAUGACAGUAUAAGCCAUAUCUUUAGAAUUAUAUGUUACAUAAUCACAGGUAAUAAAUAGUGUUUCCUAAUGAUCUGUUUGAAAUGUCCAAUGCAGUAGAAAACAACCUUUUGCUAGGAGGUGUUCGGUAAACUUUCAUCCUGUAAUUAACUAGCAAUGUUGGUGAUAUUGCACUCCAAGACAUUUUUGUAUCACAUUUCAGAUGGAGCUUUUAAUGUGGAUAUAUAAAUAGUUCAUUUCCUUCCACAUAUUCUGGUAUUUUAGAAUUAUAAAUCUUCUCCUAGAUUUUGUGAAUGUUUAGCUCUAAAAAAAUUGAUCUUACAAAGCUAUAUACCCUUCCAUAUGAAAUAAAAUUAUUAUGCUGAAAUUCCCUGUUUAGUACACAUGUUUACCUAAUGUUUAUGUUGAGCCAUUAUUUCCAGACAACAGAUCUGUGCUUUAAGGUGAGCCUUUCUAGAGAGAGCUCACUCUCCUUUCAAAACUUAAUGCUCUUUGAAAUAUUUAAUUUUAUUUUUUCUUAUUCAUUUUACAUCAAACUCACUGACCCUGUCUCAGUCUCCCUAUUCCACAGUCCUUUCUGGUUCCCCUUCCCCUUCACCUCUGAGCAGUCAUGGAUCCCCUAUGUAUCCCCACACCCUGGCACUUCAAGUCUCUGCAAGGGUAGACACUUCCUCUCUCUCCAAGGUCAGACAAGGCAGCUCAGCUAGAAGGAGGUAUCCCAUGUAUAAGCAACAGCUUUUUGAUAGGCCCCAUCCCAGUUGACUGGGACCCAUAUGAAAACCUAGCUGCUCUUCUGCUACAUAUGAGUGGGAAGGUGUGAGUCCAGCCCGUGUAUGUUCUGUGGUUGGUGGUUCAGUCUCUGAGAGCCCCAGGCGUCCAGGUUAUUUCACUUUGUUGUUUGUCCUCUGGAGUUCUUAUCUCCUUGCAGACCUGGAAUCUUUCCUCCUAGUGUUCCCUAAGAGUCUACUGCCAUACAUCCCUGAGCAAGGCAAAUAUUCUCUUUAGAGUUUUUAAGAGGGAGGGAGGAGAGAGAGACAGAGAGACAGAGAGAGAGAGAGAGAGAGAGAGACAGAGACAGAGACAGAGACAGACAGAGAGAGACAGAGAGAGAGACAGAGAGAGACAGAGAGAGAGACAGAGAGAGAGACAGAGUGUCAGAGAGAGAGAGAGAGACAGAGAGAGAGACAGAGAGAGAGAUUGAUUGAUUGUGUGUAUGCAUGCUUGAGCCUUUUAGUUUGUGUUCUAUUUAAAAGCUAACCAUGCCUCAUGUUUUCUCUUGAGAAAGUCGCAAGGAUACCAGUCAACAGUCAUAGUGAAUUGCUGAAAAAUAAAUUCAAAAUUGUUUGACUAGACCUGUAGUUCCAUGAAUUACAUCCCAGACUGUGGGAGGUAGGAGACACACAGACCUUUGUGAGUUAAGUACAACAUGGUCUAUGGCGUGGGUUUCAGACCAGCAUGGCUACAUAGUGAGAUCCGGUUUCAAAAAACAUUGUUUGUGAACAUCUAAACUAAGAUACAGGGGACUGAAAUAUAAAGGGCUUCAAAUGCUCGCUAAAUGUUUUUCUUAUGAAUAGUACAAUAACCAUAACUUAUAAAUCUAUGCCACAGUGCAAGAAGACCAGCACAUAAAAAAGAAGUGAAGCAUGUAAGAUUUUUGGAAGGUAAGAUUUUUUAUAUCAUAUAUAAAUUUACUAUAUUGUAGCUGGUCUUAUUCACCCUAGAUAAAAUAGUGCGGACAUUUUAGCUCCUCUCCUACUGUGACCACACAAGGCAGCCCAGCUAGCAGAAAGGAAACCAAAUGCAGGCAACAGAAUGAGAACCUGCCCUCACUUCAGUAAAUCAGGAGUCCACAUGAAGAGCACGUGAAGCUGCACGUCUGCUACCUCUGAAUAUGGGGUCUAUGUGCAGCCCUGACGUGCUCUUUGAUAGGUGGUUCAGUCCCUGUGAGCCCUCAUGGGCCCCUGUUGGUUAAUCUGUAGGUUUUCUUGUUGUGUUUCUGAACCUUCAAUGGCACUGUCCUCCUUUGAAUUCAAUAUCCUUCCCCCAACUCUUUCACAAGACGCCCCAACCUCCACCUGAUAUUUAUUUGGCUGUGGGUGUGUACAUCUGUUUCUAUCCAGGGCUUGAUGAAGACUCUCAGAAGAAUUAUCCAAGGUUUCUGUCUGCAAG